CAAGGCGAGCCCCUCAGCCCUUGUUCCUCCCUGGUAUGCACGCCUGCUGCCCUGAGGGGGAGCAUGCUAGUCCUCGGCCACCUGCACUGGACAGGACGGGACCCCUAGCUCUUGCCCUGGGUCCCAGAGACUCAGGGGUAGCUGGAGGGAGGAUGGCCUAGCCCCGCCCAAGUCUGCGUCACGGGAGGGGAGGGGUUAUCGCAAGCCCCGCCCAAGGCCUGCGUCACGGGGCGGGGCCGUCGCCUGUGGUCGGGCCGCGGGCUCUGCGGGCCCGCAGAACGCAGCGUGAUCAGUGCGGCCAUGCGGGCCCCGGGUCCGAUCCCGAGCGCAGCCCCGAGCCCCAAACCCAGCGCGACCCCCGGCGCGGUGCGGCUCCCCCGGCGGAGGCGGCGGGCGCGGGGCGCGCUCUGAGGCCCGGGGGAUGCGCCGCCGCCGCCGCAGCCAUGGGCGCUGCCGCCUCCAGGAGGAGGGCGCUGAGAAGCGAGGCCAUGUCCUCCGUGGCGGCCAAAGUGCGGGCAGCCAGAGCGUUUGGAGAGUACCUGUCCCAGAGUCACCCUGAGAACCGCAACGGUGCAGAUCACCUGCUGGCUGACGCCUACUCUGGCCACGAGGGGUCCCCUGAGAUGCAGCCCGCCCCCCAGAACAAGCGCCGCCUCUCCCUCGUCUCCAACGGCCGCUAUGAGGGCAGCCUCUCAGAAGAGGCUGCCAGUGGGGAACCUGCCGCAGAGGGCCCCCAGCCCCGUGUAUACACCAUCUCUGGGGAGCCCACCCUGCUGCCCAACUCUGAGGCCGAGUCCAUUGAGCUGGCUGUGGUAAAGGGGCGGCGGCAACGGGAGCGGCAUCCUCACCACCAUAGCCAGCCCCUGCGUGCCAGCCCAGGCAGCAGCCGCGAGGAUGUCAGCAGGCCAUGCCAGAGUUGGGCGGGUAGCCGCCAGGGCUCUAAGGAAUGUCCUGGAUGUGCCCAGCUGGCCCCUGGGCCCUCCCCUCGAGCCUUUGGGCUGGAGCAGCCGCCUUUGCCUGAGGCCUCUGGCCGCCGCAAGAAGCUAGAAAGGAUGUACAGCGUUGAUCGAGUGUCUGAUGAGGUCCCCAUCCGAACCUGGUUCCCCAAGGAAAACCUUUUCAGCUUCCAGACAGCAACCACAACUAUGCAAGCUGCUGACUUGCGGUGGUUUCCCAGGGUGUUCAGGGGCUACGCGGAGAGGAAGCGCCGGAAACGGGAGAAUGAUUCCGCGUCGGUAAUCCAGAGAAACUUCCGAAAACACCUACGCAUGGUCGGCAGUCGGCGGGUGAAGGCCCAGACGUUCGCUGAGCGGCGCGAGCGGAGCUUCAGCCGGUCCUGGAGCGACCCCACCCCCAUGAAAGCCGACACUUCCCACGACUCCCGAGACAGCAGUGAUCUGCAGAGCUCACACUGCACACUGGACGAGGCCUGUGAGGACCUAGACUGGGACACCGAGAGAGGCCUGGAGGCUGUGGCCUGCGACACUGAGGGCUUCUUGCCACCCAAGGUCAUGCUCAUCUCCUCCAAGGUGCCGAAGGCUGAGUAUAUCCCCACCAUCAUCCGCAGGGACGAUCCCUCCAUCAUCCCUAUUCUCUACGACCAUGAGCAUGCGACCUUUGAGGACAUCUUGGAGGAGAUAGAGAAGAAACUGAAUGUGUAUCACAAGGGGGCCAAGAUCUGGAAGAUGCUGAUUUUCUGCCAGGGAGGCCCCGGACACCUCUAUUUGCUCAAGAACAAGGUAGCCACGUUUGCCAAAGUGGAGAAGGAAGAGGACAUGAUCCACUUCUGGAAACGACUGAGCCGCCUGAUGAGCAAAGUAAACCCCGAGCCGAAUGUUGUCCACAUCAUGGGCUGCUACAUCCUGGGGAACCCCAACGGGGAGAAGCUGUUCCAGAACCUCAGGACCCUCAUGACCCCUUACAGGGUCACCUUCGAGUCGCCCUUAGAGCUGUCUGCCCAAGGGAAGCAGAUGAUCGAGACCUACUUUGACUUCCGCCUGUACCGCCUGUGGAAGAGCCGCCAGCACUCAAAGCUGCUGGACUUUGAGGAUGUCCUCUGAGGAACACAGGGCGCGCCCAGUACCACCAGAUGCUUCCUCUGGUCUGGGAAGCUAGGGCUGGGCUGCCUCCUGCGCACAGGGUCGUGCGGCCCGUGACUUGUCCAGAGCUCUUCAGGGACCCUCAAGACAUUGCUCAGGUUCUCGUGGGGCCAGGUCCUCACUGCACCAAUGGGCCACAGAGCCUUCAGUCCUGAGGGCCUGGAGGAACCAGUGGACUCUUGGUGGCCAGGCACUGACCUGCCAAGCCUCGCCUGGAGGCUGCAGUGUUGAGAAUCCCCUCCAUGGGGUUAUAGAAAUAAGUGCAAUUUUUUACAACCCUGAAACAAUUUGAAGGGAAGCAGAGUUACCAGUUACCUGUUUCAGCUCUGUGCUGCGCGUUACAGCAGACUCAGUCCGGUGUGUGUUCAGGUCUCUGUCUCCCAGCCCCUCAGCCCUGCCGUAUUUGAUCACCAGCACCAGGGUGGCCCUUCUGUGUGAGGCGGCGCUGCCCAGCUGCCCAGCCUGGCCCUGUCUGCACUGACCAGUUUGGUCAGCUCCCUCCCCUCCUGCCGCCCACUGCUCGCUCUGACCUCAGUUGGCACUGGGCCUGGCAAGGGGCAACCUGGGCAGUAUGAGGAAAGAGCCUAGCCCCCCUCUUCUUGUAGGGGGGGCUAGGUUGGCGCCCACUCCCCACUUCCAAGCCUGCCCAUUUCCCUCACUGCUGCUGAGCUCAGCUCAUCUGGAGGCCUGGCGGGAGCCUGGUUGGGGCUGAGCCCCAGAUGGCCAGAACCUCACCAAGCUCUGGAGUGGAGUCUGGACCCAGCACCCAGGUCCAAGAGCCAAGUAGCUGGUUGGCUGUGGGAGUCCCACAGAGUGGGCUUUCUUGUAUAUAGUUGGGGUUUGGGGGCUGGCCCCCCUUUUCAGAGCCUGGGGCCUGAGGGCACCUGGCUGUGUCCCUGGCCAAGGGGGUGGGGGCUGGGCUCUGAACAGUGUACCAUGUCCCCUAGAGUGACCAUUAAACCUGACCCUCUGU